AUGGUCCACGUGGCGUAUAGAAGACAUGGCCCAUACGACGAGAAGUGGUCCACGCAGUGUGCGCAAGAUGACACUGCCCACACAGCGUACGCAAGAAGACGGGAAUGGGAAGAAAAACGGUUCACUUUGCAAACAGACGGAGGCAUGGUUCACGGGGCGUACGGGAGGAGGAGCGGUCUACGUGGCGUACGGGAGGAGGAGCGGUCCACGUGGCGUACGGGAGGAGGUGCGGUCCACGUGGAGUACGGGAGGAGGUGCGGUCCACGUGGAGUACGGGAGGAGGUGCGGUCCACGUGGAGUACGGGAGGAGGUGCGGUCCACGUGGAGUACGGGAGGAGGUGCGGUCCACGUGGAGUACGGGAGGAGGUGCGGUCCACGUGGAGUACGGGAGGAGGUGCGGUCCACGUGGAGUACGGGAGGAGGUGCGGUCCACGUGGAGUACGGGAGGAGGUGCGGUCCACGUGGAGUACGGGAGGAGGUGCGGUCCACGUGGCGUACAGGAGGAGUUCCCUCCUCUGUGCAGGUUUCUAUGGCCGGCCCUGGUCCAUGGAUCAGCGGAGGGUUCUCUUCCAGUGGAUGCAGCAGUGGGGGUUGAACACGUAUCUGUAUGGACCUAAAGACGACCUCAAACACAGACUGCUCUGGAGAGAAGUCUACUCUUCAGACGAAGAAGCCCAGUUGAGGACGCUGAUCGUGGAGGCAGAGCGCAGAGGCCUGACGUUCGUGUACGCCCUGUCUCCGGGACAGGACAUUGUUUUCUCAUCGGCCUGUGACCUGUCCCUACUCCAGAGGAAGCUGCGACAGGUGUCAGAGCUGGGCUGCCGUGCCUUCGCCCUCCUUUUUGACGACAUUGACCACUCCAUGUGCCAGGCGGACAGUCAGGUGUUCUCCUCGUUCGCCCACGCUCAGGUCUCUGUCACCAACCAGAUGUACCAGGCCCUGGGGGAGCCUCCAGUCUUCCUCUUCUGCCCCACAGAAUACUGUGGCUCCCUGUGCUCUCCCAGUGUGUCCAAGUCUCCAUACCUCCAGACUGUGGGAGAGGAGCUGCUGCCCAGCAUCUCCGUCAUCUGGACAGGCAGUAAAGUCAUCUCCAGGAAGCUGACGGUGGACUGUCUGUCUGAGGUGGAGGCCGUCCUACAGCGCCCCCCUCUGGUCUGGGACAACCUCCAUGCCAACGACUACGACUCCAGGAGACUGUUCCUGGGACCUUUUAAAGGCCGUGAUCCAGAGCUCCGCGGCCACCUGAGGGGCCUGCUCCUUAAUCCCAACUGCGAGUUUGAAGCCAACUACAUCCCUCUGCACACACUGGGCAGCUGGUACAGAGCCGGAUGCCCCGACGCCAAAGAGGAGUGGGAGUACUGCCCUGAGCGCGCCCUCACCUCAGCUCUGCAGGGCUGGAUGGAGGAGCUCAACCGUCCCCUCCACACAGGUCGUCAGGGCAGGCACGCAGAGUCGCGCUCUUCCUCCGGUUCCGCGGCGCACCACCAACACGGCCCAGACAGAAGCCAGUGCUCCGGCCUCAGAGGCACCAUACCCCUGCCCGUGUUCCCCCUGGACCCCAGCUCUCCCCCCAGCUCACCCACACAGGCCCGCAGGGAGGCCAGCAGGGAGUCCAGCAGAGACGCUGGAGACGUGAGUCAGAAGAGGAGAGGCAGACAGAGCAGUCCAGGGAGCAGGUCUGAAGCUGGAGGAGGACCAAAAGCCCACAGCCAAAGACGGACUUCCUCUGGGGGCAAAGGAUGUCUGACCGAGUCCCAGGUGCGCUUAUUGGUGGGUCUGCACUACCUUCCCCACGAGCACGGCCCUGCUGCCCAGAAGCUCCUGCAGGACCUCACCUGGCUCAAGGCCAACUGCCACACAGUCAGCGCCAACGGCAAGAAGAGCGCCCCCCAGAAGAUGGAGGAGUGGCGUGGUCGGGCCUGCAGGUUCCUGUCCCUGUGUGAGGACAUCGCUGAUCUCCAUUGCAGCGUGGUGGGAGGGGCUAACCGUGCCGUGCUCUACGACCUGUACCCCUACGUGUGGGACCUCCGCAACACGGCUCUAGUGGCCAAGGCCUUCAUCUGCUGGCUGGAUGGGCGUGUGAUGAGUGACAGCUCGGCCCUGGGCUCCUGGAGGAACUGCUUCCACUGGUGUGGCCAGAGCACAGGCGGAGACCAGACGGGGGUGGAGUCUGAGCCGUGGGUCUUCAAAGGGGGCGUGUCCGGAGAGGUGCAGAUGCUUCUCCCAGUAGGUGGCAGCACUGAGCUCUUCACACACCCUCCUCUGUUCCCCACCUCUCGCUUGUACAACAUCAGGCCCUACCACAGCAAAGACAAGGUGGAGUUGUACCGAAUGGUGCGGCAGCUUCACCUGCGCACCCAGGCCAGUCAGGAGUCCAGCGCUCACCCGGACCUCAUCGGAGACAGGUGUCUGGGAGCGUGCCUGGCUCUGUGCCCUGAGUACAGCUUCAUCCUGGAGGACGAGCUGGGCGUGUGUGGCUGCGUGCUGGGCGUCCUGGAUGUGCGCUCCUUCUCUAAGAGGUGUCAGGCCAGCUGGUAUCCUGCCAUGAGGGACAAGUACCCCCCCAGAGCAGGCUGCCAACUCGCCAACGCACAGGACCUGGUGGAGCGCAUGCAGGAGGACCAGGGGGAGUACCCGGACUCACUGCUCUACCACUUUCCCUCUCAGCUUCGCCUGGAUGCCCUCCCGGAGCUGGUGGACGUGAGCGUGAGCCGCACCCUGCUCACCGCGUUGCUCACUGCCCUCAAAGCAAACGGUUCACAGGGUGUGUUCUGUGAGGUCCAGCCCACUGACCGCCAACGUCUGGAGUUUCUCACCAAACUGGGCUUCCUGGAGAUCCUGAGGGGAGAGGCCCGGAGCAGAGAGGGCGUGGUCAUGGGGCGUCUGCUCUAA